GAAGCAUGAGUCCCCUCACGUUUAUGCUCCUUCUGCUUCCAUUCGCGCUCUUCUCCUCCUCGACACAUGUAGCAGUCAUCUCUCCUCAGGAUCCCAUCCUGCUUAUUGGCUCUGACCUGACAGCCACUUGCACGCUGAGCCCCAAGCUCGGCCUGCAUGCGAGCUCCCUGUACUGGACGCUGAACGGGGCGCGACUCCCCAGCAGCACCUACAGAGUCCUGUCCUCCGAUGUCCUGAGCGUCUCCCUGCGCAGCCUCAACGGCUCGCAGCAGCAGUCUGGAGACAACCUGGUGUGUCAUGGAGGAGAUGGACGAGUCCUGGCCGGCUCUUGCCUCUACGUGGGCACGCCUCCUGAAAAGCCAGUCAAUCUGACGUGCUGGUCACGCAACACAAAGGACUUGAGCUGCAGGUGGAGCCUGGGCGGGUUGGGUGAGACCCACAUCCAAACCAAAUACACCCUGAAGUACAAACUGAGGUGGCACGAGAGAGAGAAGGAGUGUGAAGAUUACGGCACCGGGAACCAGAGAUACUCCUGUUACAUUCCCCACAAUAUAGCGCUCUUCACGCCAUAUGAAAUCUGGGUUGAAGCGACCAAUCAGCUGGGCUCAGCUACAUCCGAUGUCACCACCCUGGACAUCCUUGAUGUAGUGACCACAGACCCUCCUGCCAACGUGCAGGUGAGUCGUGUUGGCGACCUCGAGGACCAGCUGACGGUCCGCUGGGCCAGCCCCCCCGAGCUCAAGGACAUUCUGUUUAAGGCCAAAUAUCAGAUACGCUACCGGCUGGAGGGCAGCUCGGACUGGAAGGUGGUAGACGAUGUUGGUAACCUGACGUCAUGCCGGCUGGCCGGCCUUCAGCCCGGGACCGUCUAUUUUGUUGAGGUGAGGUGCAACCCGGUGGGCAUCUUUGGCUCCAGGAAACCGGGCAUCUGGAGUGAAUGGAGCCACCCGACUGCUGCCUCCACGCCAGGCAGUGAGCGGCUGCAGACUGGCUCAUGUGAUCCUAAACCCGGUGAGCAGAACUCCACCCUGCGGCGGGAACUCAAGCAGUUCUUUGGAUGGGUUCGCAAGCAUGCGUACGGCUGCAGUGGCAUGUCAAUUAAGCUGUACGAUCAGUGGAGGGUGUGGCUGCAGAAAUCGCAGAGAGUGCGCAACCAGGUAGAUGCUGCGAGACGAUAACUCAUAGCUGGAGCACUCGGCACGGCUGCUGCGCUUAAUUCAGGCACAGCAUCAGGAAACACUGACGAAUAAGUGGUCCAGAGGGUCCCAGCUGUGCGAGAGGUCCAAGCCACCGCCUGAGGGAGGCUGCAGCGUUUGGUCAUACAGGCUGGAGUUUAAGGGGCCUGAGUGGGAGAUAAUAACUAACGAGACAAUGCAACCUUUU